ACGAAAGAAGUUGCCCCUGGUCAUGAAAAAAAGCUAUCGGAAGCAAGAGCGAGUCCAGAAAUCACCAAGAAAAAUCCAGAGGGCGGACAUCCUGGAAUUUGCUUUUUAUCUCCCUAAGAAAGAUGGUUGUAUCGCUUGUAAAAGGGGAGAAUUUGUAGGCUAAAUCUUGCGGAUAUAGUUCAUUAAAGUUGUCAGAGUAUUCGCGGGUUGGCAGUGGACUAACGUUAAGUUGUCUGACUUUCGAGUCGCUAACUUGCCACCAGAAGGCUAAUUUACCCAAGGCGGCUGCGGAAGAAAGGUAAUCGGCGAUCAUUGUCCAGACCAGCACGGAGUAGGAUGAUGUCAACUGAAGAAAGAUAUAAGUUGGUGGUCGUGGGCGGUGGAGGUGUGGGGAAAAGCGCCCUCACCAUUCAGUUCAUUCAGUCGUACUUUGUGUCGGACUAUGACCCAACCAUUGAAGACUCGUACACUAAAAUAUGCACUGUGGAUGGAAAGGAGACACGAUUAGACAUCCUCGACACAGCAGGACAAGAAGAGUUUGGAGCGAUGAGAGAGCAGUACAUGCGCUCCGGAGAGGGUUUCUUACUGGUGUUUGCUCUUAAUGACAGUGGCAGUUAUGAUGAAAUUCAGAAAUUUCACACUCAGAUAUUGCGGGUGAAGGAUCGAGAUGAUUUUCCUAUGGUUCUUGUUGGCAACAAAUCAGAUCUUGACCAGCUGAGAGUGAUCUCAAGAGAUGAGGCCAUGUCAUUUGCCCGAGAAAACAGGAUCCACUAUAUGGAAUCGUCAGCUAAGAACCGCCACAAUGUGGAUGAAGCCUUCAUGGAGGUUGUGCGAGCAAUAAGGAAGUUUCAGGAGACAGAAAGUCCACCGCUCCCCGCUAAUCACGCGAGGAAGCAGAAGAGUGGUGGCUGUCCCUGCACCCUGCUCUGACUGCCCCUCUGCACUGUUGCCUAGGAGACCGAAGCCCUCACUCUCACGCUUGGUGCCUUAUAUGUCUACACAGUGUGUGUGUGUGUGUGUAUGACACUGUAUGCAUCAGUGUUUUAUUGGCUUUUACAGUAUGUAUGAAUUGGUUUUCAAGAAGAAACUAGACUAUAAAAUAAGAGCGAACCGUGAAUCUGUUGGAAAGAGGGAGUUCUUGUUUCAUCCACAUGUUUUAUUUAGUGCCUUGUAAAAUCAUGCUCUUGAUUUUAGAUUCAAGCACAGUAUUUGUUUAUUUCCACCACAGUAUGAGGUCGCAGACUGAUUGUGUGCCACAAAAGAGAUUU